UGCUCCAGACCAUUAUCAGAUGUUUUUAUGGUUUUCUGACACUGCAGUUACAGUGAUUAGGCCUACUUAUCACACUACAAGCUAACACACUAAGAACUACCAUUAUGGAGAAACUCAAGAUGCUCUCUAUGUGUGCAAAAAAUUCUCCUUCGCUCACUUUAGUCGAACAAAUAGACACUGAGAGCUCGUGCGGCUCUCUGUGUUUGCUCUCAGCGAUGGGCUCUGCUGGAAGAUGGAUGCUGCUCACCCUGUGUGUGUGUUUCAGCGUUCUGGAGAACUGUGCUCUCAGGGUGACCAUGAGGGAAUCCAGUCUCAAGGUAGUUCAAGGAGACUUUGUUGUUCUGCCCUGCUCUUUCUUCACCUCCAGCCCCCUCUCUAGACUCAACGUCAUCUGGACUCUGGCACCCUCCUCCAGUCCAGACACCCCCAUACAGGUGAUAGUAUACGACCAUGGACAGGUGAUUGAGGACCCCUCUCUGAUGGGCAGGGUGGGUUUUACAGGCAUCCCCUGGAGUGCAGACAUUGUGCUGAAUGACACGCGAGUAGCAGACGCAGGUGUUUACCGCUGCAUGGUCAAUAACCCACCAGAGACAGCAGACCCUGGCAUUGGAGAGCUGGAGCUCAGUGUCUUGGCUCCACCCUCACUUCCUCUGUGUCAGUGGGAUGGAGACAUCGAAAUGGGAGGAAGUGUCACUCUGUCCUGCUCGGUGGCCGAGGGUGUUCCCACUCCUGACAUCCACUGGGAUAAAGUCAACCCAGAGGAAAUCGCACUUCCUGUUAACAUGGAGGAUGAUCUGUCAGGCUCUGUCCAAAUCAUCAAUGUGUCAUCUCAGACGUCUGGCCUGUACCGCUGCUCUGCCACAAACCUCCUGGGAACCGAGAACUGCUACAUAAACUUAUCCAUCUACAGCCCAGCCCCAGACAGUUCCUCUGGAAUGCUGCAGGGUGUGCUGCUCACCUUGUCCAUGAGCCUGCUGCUGCUGGCACUGCUGGUGCUCGUGCUGUGGCUGCACCGCACAGGACAGGACGGGAGGAGGUGGAGGGAGCGGAAAGAUGAAGAAGAGGAGGAGUGUUAUAAUGAGAUACAGUACACUCCGUCUCUGAUGAAGCGCUCGUUUGUUUGAUUUCAUCUGAAGGAAUUCAAAAUAGAUGUUGCAACCCAGCUAUCAAACAAAAGAUAACAAUGCAUCUGUUUUAAAUCAUACUUUUUUUGUACGGCUGUUUUACUACACAGCAUUAAAAUCUUGAAAUA